AGUUGGGAUCUAACACCUCCCCCCUCUCGGCCUCGUCAGCUCCACUCCCCCUGCGCAGAUAUUUUUCCCACGCCCCCUCUCUCCCUCGUCACUCCUUCGCGGUCCAGAUCCACCUCGUCGUGCGCCCGCGUCGCCGGCCAUCUCGUCCUACCGCGGCCACCAUGCCUCCCCACACGCCUAGGACCGCGUCCGUCCGCUUCGUCGUCCUCCUCUGCAUCAACUGGUGCCACCCGUUGGAGCUCCUCACGCUGCAGCGCCGGAUCGAAGCUUCUUUCUCCUCGGGUCGCCGAGGAACCACGACGACGCCAGCCACCUCUGCUGCUCCUAAGCCACUCGAUGGGCCUCCUUGCGCCUGCUCGGAGAUGCCAUGGCUGCCUCUUGAGGCCUGAGACGCGUAUGGAGGAGUUGCUGGCUGCCCUGACCUGUGAAGGCGGUGGUCCGGAGACGAUCGGUGCGCCGACUCAAUUGAGACAAUGGCCUACAAAAGAUGAACCCCGACCGCAUCAAAUAGGACGGGCGAUAGGCGACUACAGCCUCAAUGGGCGAUAAGGAUUGGAUGGAUGUGUUGUAGCCCAUGAAAUAGCCGGCCAAUACACGGAGUACAUAAAAACAGAGGAAGUAUAAGAUAAUGUUACACGUUCAUUUUCGUGCAGUACAUAGAAACUAUUUUUUAAUUGGCCUCAUGGCUACCGCGCUUAGAGCAAGAGAAGUGUAGAUUCGACACCAGCAAGCUGUUUCCUUUAAUUAGCUCCUCACCAAAUAUUUUUUUGAACACAAUAUAGACGAAAGCGCUCAUAUAUACGCGCAUACACUUUUCUAUGAACGCACACACGCACAUCCUAUCCUAUGAGCACCAAAUAUUGAGACAUAUAAUUAGCAUCCAUUCUCUCUCUUUCCUUUGUCCUUCCUUCUCUGUUUUUCAUGCAAUUAGCAUCUAUUUCCUUUCUCCUUGUUGCCUUCUUUGUUUUUCAUGCAAUCUUUCCCUCGCAUGGGAAGGGUGGCGACCAAGGAACAAACCGGGACUCUUUGGCAUCGCCCUCGCGUAGCCUCUGAGUACCCGGGGCUGUGCUCGUCGUCGACGCUGGCGGACAGCGACGGAGGUGGUUCCAUGUGAAAGAUGACCAUGGCACCGACAACGACGGGGCGAGCUCCGCCGUGGGAUAAGCAUAGACGUUGAGCAAAGCCGACAUGUGCAAGCGGGGCAGCGGGUGUCGCGCUGGCGGGGUGCGGGGAGGGGUCAAAGACUAUGAUGGAGGACCAGCGGCCGGGAGGCGGCGAGCCUGUUGGUGUUGCAGGAAUGCGGAAUCGCUAGAGAAUGGGAGAAGGUAUUGCGUGGUGUGGUAGUAGACAUGGAGGAUGGAAGGCGCUGUAAAGUCUGGCGGGGAAUGCGUGCGACGGUCCUUUUAUGAUGUCGCAUCGUGUGCAAUCAAAUCAGACCACGUCCUAAUUUGAUUAAAAAAAGAGAGAUCACGUCCUAUUUGUCUAGCAUAUUUUCCAUACAAAAACACAGUAAGUUGAAUGGCGAUUUUCUGGGAUGGAUAGGAACAAACUCAAAUCAUCAGCACGGACUCUCCUUUAAUAGUAACGAUUUAAUUGUUAAGAAAGUACGGAUCAUUGUGUUAGGAAAGUUGAGAUUUGGACCUAAUUAGCAGAAAACUGGAUUUUAUUGUUUGGUAAUGUGCCAUUGGUUCCUUCAGGUUUGUAACGUGGCUAGUUAGGAAAGUUGAAAAGAUUAUGAAAGUUUUUAUUGGAAGGGUACAAAACCAAUAUGAAGGGGCGGUGGCGGAGGUGGGUCGAAAAAAAUAGGACGAGAUAAAAGCGGACAAAACAAUAGUGGACACAAGCCUACCAACUGAUAAAACAACAUUAAGCAAUAAAUUAAUCCAUUAGGAGUAGAUUUUCAAUAUUUCAUUCACUCUUAAUUAUUACAUUUGAUAAUGUAAAAAUAACAUCAAGUAAUAAAAUAAUCGGUGUUCAUCCGAAUUUUUUUAAUCAACGCUAGGACGCAUAUAGCCAUCCAACAGCACUCGGUGCAAUUUUUCUAGUGUUUGGUUUGUGCGACGCUGGAUCGUGACGGCGCUCUCGACUUGCACACGCGUCAACUGGCUGCCACGUGCUUUCGUGGGACCCGCCCACCGCCCCCGGCGCAUCCGCUUUUCCUUGCCAGUCGAGUCGUUCGACCCCAUUUUCCUCAUCGCAGCUGGUCCUCCUCAUUUCCCCCAUUUUCCUCAUCGCAGCUGGUCCUCCUCCUCUCCUCUCCCCAUCCACCUCACAUCACCACGCAGCUCUGCUCUUCCUAUCCAUCCAGCAAACGCACACAAAUGGCUUGGCGUUGCCCCCCGCCACCCCCAACCUGGAGUGCGCGCGGCCGUCAAGACCAGAGGACGCCAUGGGCGCCUGCCUUGGAGCUCCCCUGCCAUGGACCUGAUCUGGCCGUCAACUCGCCACCCCAUGCGUGCUCCGGAUCCGGCCGAUCCCGCGCCGCUCAUGCCCUGGUGGCCCUGCCGACAUCGUCGCCUAGGAAGACCACCGUGCCCGCUGCAGGAGCUUCGAGCCGGAUCUGGCCCCUCUCCGACCUCCCUCGCCGUCCUUCAUCCGUUCCCGAUAUCCUCCCGGCGCCAGGAGCUCAGGCGAGCGCCGCCACAAGACCCUGCCUCCUCUGCCCCGUAGCCCGCCAUGGAGGUCGCCGCCUCUCCCGUCUCGAUCCGUCUGCGGCCGGAUCCACGGCGGAGCAGCCGAGAUCCGCCGCCCGUUCCGCGACGCCUCGGCCCGCCAAGGCCAGCGCCGAGGCCGACAAGGCGCGCAGGAAGGCCAAGGCCCUCACCAAGCAGCGGGAGGACUUGCGGGCUAGGCUUGCCUACCGCAAGCACGCCCGCGAGCUCACCUCCAUGCCGGCCAAGGCCACCGCUGCGACGCCAGUUUUUUUACGAAUAGUUUCCCAGAUCCACUUAAUAGGGACUGCGGGUUGAUUUCGCGGAAACAGAGGGACUUUUUUGCAAAAGUGACGACGACGUACGACCAGAAGCACUCCGUGCUUUAUUAGUAGGGAAAGAUUAGUUGGUUAAUUAAUUAGUCUAAGCCUAUUACAUGUGGACCCCGCAUUUAUUUAAGCUAGUUUUAGUUAUUUGUUUAGGUAUAGCUAUUGACAUGUGGGCCACCAUCUCCCCUUUUGACCAGUCAAAUUGACUUGGUCAAUUCGAUUAAAUAAAUGCAGAAAAAUCCAGAAAAUAUUUAAAGCUUUGAAAAAUCAUAUAAAAUAAUCCGUAACUUGGAUCGAAAUAAUUUAUAUAUAAAAGAUGACCACAAAAAUUAGACGAAUCCGACUAUGCCACUCACUUACCUACCACACACCUCCAGCAUGAUGAACAUGGAACUUUUCCCUCCGUUUCAUCUGACCGAUAAUUUCCCGGAGCUGGAAAAUACAUUCGAAUAUUUUCCCGCUCCGACCGACAUGUGCAGUACUGCGUUAGGUCACCCCUAGCACCGCGUAUUGCCAUGUUAUGCUUUGUGUUACAUUUGAUUGCUCUGUUAUUUAUUGUGUUCCCCCUCCGUUACUUCUUUC